GCGGAGGAGGAGGAGGAGGAGAGCGCGCCAUGGCUCAGCGCGGGCGCUGCCGGUGGGCGCUGCUGCUGGCCUGGCUGCCGGCCGGUUGCCUGUCGCUCCUGGUGACAGUGCAGGAUGUCGAGCGUUACACCACCUUAUUUGCCACUGUCAUCCUCAAGUGUGACUACAGCACCUCGGCACAGCUGCAAGACGUGGUGGUGACCUGGCGCUUCAAAUCCUUCUGCAAGGACCCCAUCUUUGACUACUACUCAGCCUCAUACCAGGCUGGUUUAGCCCUUGGCCAGGACCCCUCAAACGACUGCAAUGACAGCCAGCGGAAGGUGCGCAUUGUCAUCCAGAAAUAUGGGCAGAAGGACCCUGUGCUGGGCAUCGACUACCAGCAGCGAAAGAUCACCAUUCAGAACCGAGCAGACCUGGUCAUCAGUGAGGUCAUGUGGUGGGACCAUGGCAUGUACUACUGCACUGUGGAAGCACCAGGAGAUACCUCAGGUGAUGCGGACAAAGAAGUUAAGCUGAUUGUUCUCCACUGGCUCACAGUACUCCUCAUCAUUCUUGGUGGCCUCCUCCUCCUUCUGCUGAUCGGGAUAUGCUGGUGCCAGUGCUGCCCCCAGUAUUGCUGCUGCCACAUCCAGUGUGGCUGCUGUCCAACACGAUGCUGCUGUAAUCAGAAAGUACUGGAACGGCACCAGUUCAUGAAGCGGGCUCAGGCACUUGCACCUUGGUUAUCACCCAACAUGUUCUAUGGAGCUGGUGACAGGAACUCAAAACUUUCCUCUUACCAGCUGAACCCCCUGCUGCAACAAGAUGUAUCUCUGCAGAACAGUCUUCAACUGGUGCAGCCGCAAGCCCAGCCUUCCCAUAAGAAUGGUGUUUUGGACUAUCUGGAGUCUGAAAUCCAAAACCUGAACAUGUCCCAGCUGCGGCCACCCUCCCACCAGCGGCAGGCUGUGCAGCCCAGCUUGCUGUCCUCGCUGGGCUCCGACAUCGUGCCACCUCCUCUUGCCGACCACAUCUCCUCCAUCCAUGGGAGCAGCAACUCCUCAAGGCCACAAAGAGCUGCCCGCACCCCGAGGCCCUGGGACUCUGCAGCAGAAGACAGAAGGGAAAACCAGAGGCGGCCCUUGCCUUCCAGUGGGGAUUCUCAUUCCAGCUACAGUCAGGAGCCCUGGGACAGGCAGCGAGAGGAUCCUCCUCAGAGGCAGAGAACAGGUGGCUACAAUGGCAGGCCCCAGCACUCCAGACGGGAUGUGUCACCCCCACGCCAAGCUGAGAGAGGGAAGGGCAGCAGCAGCUUCUAUCCAGAGGAGACCAAGGAGCGCUCCAGCCACCAUCGUGCUGGUAGGCAGGAGCUCGGGGGAAGGCGAGAAUACGAGCACCAUGCUGGGAGGAGCAAUUACUCUGGCCAGAACUGGCACAGCUACUCCCCCUCCUCUUCUCCCAGGGGCUCCUGGAGCUCCUCAGAAGAGCAAGUCCGUGUGCCGGUGUCAAACCGCAGGCGGAGGAACCGCAGGUCCCGGGAGUGGCCAGAAGAGAAACCCCCCAGUUACCGCUCCUUAGAAAUCAUCCCAGCUCAGGACAAGAAGCACAAAGGCAGCGCAGGGACCCGCUCGGACAGAGGAAGUUCCCACAGUGGAAGAAGCAUAGUCAUUUAAUGUCAGUACUGGAAGAACUAAGAUUCCCACUGAACUCCUUGUUUUUCUACUAUUUAGGUUGGCAUGGCUGCUUUUGAUUGAGCAGAUAAACAGCAAUAAAAGGUUGGGCUAAGUUCUAAUGGGCUGAGGUUCAUUAAAACAUUCUAGUAGAAACAGCAGAUUUUUUAAGUAAACAGUGUAUUCCAGUCUUUGAAGAGAGAUACCAGUUCUCCCGAUUAAGUGCAGUGGCACUGCA